AAUUGUCAUAUCAAAAUGUGAUAUGUUGGAGUAAGUUAUCAAAAUUCAAGUAAACAAUCCCAGCCAUAGGCGAUCAAAAUGUUACCCGGAUAUUGGUGGUUGAAUCCAAGAAUCUUAUGGGGCACAACAAGAAUUCCUUUAAUAAACUUACUGCGUGCGAGAUUUGUGAAAAACCAAAUUGUGUCAAGAAAUUUCGCAGAAUGCAGUCAUGGUAAACUCGUAGGUUUUGGAAAUCCACUACUUGAUAUUUCUGCGCAUGUAGAUACGAAAUUUUUAGAAAAGUAUGGUUUAAAAAGUAACGAUGCAAUAUUAGCAACAGAAAAACAUAUGGAAAUUUUUCAAGAACUUGUCAAAAACUACAAAGUUGAAUAUAUUGCAGGUGGAUCAGUACAAAAUACACUGCGUGUUUGUCAGUGGAUAAUAAAUAGACCUUGCACCGCUGUAUUCUUUGGCGGCGUUGGCAAAGACAAAUAUGCAGAUAUUAUAGAGGAAAAGGCUCGUAUUGAUGGUGUCGAUACUUUGUAUCAAGUCAACGAUAAAGCACCAACGGGAACAUGCGCAGUUUUGAUCACUGGUAACGAUCGGUCUUUAGUUGCAAAUUUAGCAGCGGCCAAUUUUUUCACAGAAGAUCAUUUGAAGAUACCGGAAAAUGAUGAAGUUUUAAAAAAUGCCGAGUACAUUUAUAUAUCUGGAUUUUUUAUUUCUGUUAGCCCGCCUAGUAUCAGGAGAGCAGCUAAGAUUGCCGUAGAAGGUAAUCGCUUUUUCAUGAUGAAUUUAAGUGCAGUCUUUGUACUAGAUCUUUAUAAAGAUUUUAUUAUGGAGAUAUUUCCAUAUGUUGAUACGCUAUUUGGAAACAGAGAAGAGAUGUUGGCUUUUUCCGAACAUAUAGGCAAAUGGGACACCAAGGAUGUUAUCAAAAUUGCACAAAAUAUGGUCAAAUAUGAAAAAGUGAAUAAAAAGCGAAAAAGACUAAUAGUUAUUACCCAAGGUUAUGAUCCAGUAUUAGUAGUACAAGAGGAUAGCGUAAAGGAAUAUGAUGUGCCGAGAGCAACCCUAAUAGUUGAUACAAAUGGUGCUGGUGAUGCUUUCGUUGGCGGAUUUCUUUCGCAAUUUGUAAAUCGAAAAGGUCUUAAGGCCUGCUUACAUUGUGGAGUGUGGGCAGCUUCAAAAAUAAUACAAACUCAUGGGUGUACUUUUGAUGGUCCAGCAGAUUAUGUUCCUCUUGAUGAAUCUAAACAGUGAAACUUUAGCAAGAAGCAAUAAAUCAAAUUCAAUGGUUGUCAAUUUUAUAUAAUUUAAAAAAAUUUUAUACUGUUUCAUCUUUGCAAUAAUGUUUAAUAUUAAAAAACAAUUUAACACUCUCUAUAGUUUAAGCUGCAAUAUGUAAAUAUCUACUAAAAGACAAUACGCUUUAUAAAAUAUAAAAAUAAAUAACGUAUUUUCACUGAAAGUUA